AUGGUUGAGCGAUGGCAACCGGAGGCCCAAACAUUUCAUCUCUGCACUGGUGAGGCCACUAUCACGCUUCAGGAUGUGGAGGUCAUGUAUGGACUACAAGUAGAUGGACGCCCGUUAUACAUUGAGGAGCCUCAGCCGCCGCCGUCGUAUCGGGAGGAGUUAACUAGGCUCACCGAUUACGUACCUGGGGAGGGUGAGAUAUGGGUACAGAUUCGGAUGUCGAUGGUUGCCCUCUGUACUCGCUUGCGCCUCUUAGACAUCGAGCAUCCUAUUACAGACGGCAAAACUCAGGUGGAUGUCAAUCGUAGUGACCGUCUGUACUUACUCAUCAUAUUCGGGAGCAUCCUGUUCCCGAACAUAUCGGGUUCCCAUGUGAGCUUAAAGUAUUUGCUAUUUCUGGAGGAUCUAGGCGAGUUAGGAUGUUAUAUUUGGGGCGCUACUGUUCUAGCAUACCUUUAUCGAUCAUUAUGUCAAGCGUCUACGGGCGAUAAGAGGGAUGUCUCUGGAUUUCAGCUCCUCCAGAUAUGGGUGUGGUCUAGGAUGAGGCCUUUUCAGCCCGUAGCUGCGCAGCCUCAGCCUGACUUCAUUGCAGAGGGCAUGCCCUUCGCGUGGAGAUGGACGGGAGGCAUAAUCCAAGAUGUGGAUACACACCACAGACUUCUUCCAUUCAGGGAUCAGCUAGAUCGUAUGACGACGGACAUGUUUUUUAUCUGGAGGCCAUAUGAUAAGAUUUUGGAUCAGUUGCUGGCGUUUUGUAGGUUGCAUCUAAUGGGUGUUGAUUGUACAAAGAUCACUCAAAGAAGGAAAUCUCUUGCGGACAGAGACACAUCCAAUGCUGGAAAGAGGUUAGGGAAGUGUAAGCGGCCAACUCCAGUGCCAGAGGAAGCUCCGUAG